CUGUUGUAUUAAAAGCUCAGACAGGCAAAUACAUAUAUACGCUUCUCUUGAAAUUAAAUGACUUGAACUGAAACUCAAGAUGAUUCUGUCUGUGUCAACCAUCUUCCUAAUCACAGUAGGUUGGUGUGAAGCAGUGAUAAGGACUGGCUAUCUGGGAGAAAGAACAAACAUUUCCUGUCACUACCAACCGAAUAUUAGGGCAGCCUUCAAACACGUCUGCAAGCACACUAGUGGUAUAAAUUGUAAUUAUGUGGCUUCCACAAACACAAAAAUCAAUACUCCGGAUGGAUUUUUCAUAAAUGAUGACAAACUACACAGAGUUGCAACUGUUACCAUCAGUAGUGUGUCUGACAGUGACAUUGGAGAGUACUGGUGUGCAGUUUCUAAUUUAUAUGGGUUUCUUAUCACCUUUGAAACAGUGACGUUUUGGGCCAUACCACUAACUGGCUACACAGGAGGUGAAGUACAGAUGAAAUGUCCAUAUGGAAGCAGAUUUGAGAAAAAUGCUAAAUACCUUCAAAAACUAGGAUCCCCCACCAGUCUGAUUCAAACUGAACAUGACCAAGUCAGGGCUGACAAUGGAAAGUUUUUCCUCUACGACAACACAAGCGACAAUGAGGUUACGGUGACCAUCAGAGGACUAGAGGCAGACGAUUCUGGGAAAUACCGCUGUGGAAUAAAGGAUAAUGAUCCUUAUCGUGAAUGGCCACUGGCAGUUAAAAGCUUGAUUAGUGUGAGCGGCUUUAAGGGGCACACCCUUAACAUACCCUGCAAGUAUCAGAACACCAGUGGGGCAUAUCGUAAACAUUUCUGCCGGGGAAAAGAUCCAAGGAAGUGUUUGGAGGAGGGAGUUUUGAGUGAGGACAGAGUCUCUUUGCGGGACAUUGCUGCUGAUCAAGUCUUCACUGUUACCAUCUCUAACCUCACAGCCGAGGAUGCUGGGAUAUACUGGUGUGUGGUGAUUAUUGACAACAGUGGACCAGACUUCACUUCAGCUGUUCAGCUAACUAUCAAGAAAGAUCUUUCACACGUCAUGGUGUCUGUUGCUGUGUCGUUGGCUGUGGUUGCACUGCUGAUAGGGAUGGUAAUCCUUAUCGUCUGCAGAAAAAGAAGAAGCAAGACAGGUGGUAGAGGGACGAACAUCGACCAGGACACAUCAAUAAGGACAAUGGUACAAACCAAACAAGAUGGCAAAGAGAACACAACAGAUGUGUCCACAAACCUAAAGACCCCCCUCAACACUGCGUCUGCCACUGCCUAUCUGUCCACCAGCCCCACGGACAUGGUCACUUACUCCUCCGUCAGCUUCCAGAACAGCCCCUCGGACACGGUCACUGACUCAUCCUUCAGCUUCCAGAACAGCCCCUCGGACACGGUCACUUACUCCUCCGUUAGCUUCCAGAAGAGUGCCGCUGGACGCAGUGUCUCGGGAGGUGAUUAUCUCAAAGCCAUCGGAGACCCCGCGUGUGAAUAUGCCCACAUCAAAUAUUCAGCCGAUUCGAAAUAGCUGUUUGUCUCAAUGCAAAGAGAUAUUCUGCCUUUUGUAGUCAGAUUGACAGUCAUGCAUUGCUGUUUUAUUUAUUUUGUGCUCAUGUAAAGAUUUUGACAUUGGAGGUCUCUGAUGGCAGCUCAGUUUUGACAUUCUCAAUGAUGUUUCAUUGUGUUUCGUUAUGUCACUGGAUGUACUAAUCACAAUGCAGGAUAAUGUUCAGAGCAAUAAAGGCGUGUUUCUAUA